CAAGACCCUGAAACCCCCGGCUCCCGUCUCCUCUGGAAAAAUCCAGCGGCCGGGAAUGAGCGGCAUCCCGGGCAGCUGACGCGCUUCAGACGAGCGGAGUAUGUUAUUUAUGAAGCCAAGGCUUCUGGGAGGGGAGGGACCUUCGGGUGUUGUCGACUCGGGAGCGAGCGAGCCACCAAAACACAAGUUGUGAAGUGAGAAGGAGGGCCGAAUGAGCUCCGACGUCUAGGAUUACAGAGAAUAGUGGAACCGUGUUUGCCCUCCCUGCCGCGGGCCCCGGGACAGGCAGAGGACGGGGCGCAGGGCAGGAUUAUGGGACAGGGAGCCGGCACUCAGACUUUAAACCCCAACCAUGCCUACAUAACAGAUGAUGAAGUGGAUCAUAGUCUGCCAGAGAGUGAUGGAGCACCUCCGGGAGCAGGAACCCCUUCGGGAAAGGGCAAGGGCAAGUUCCCCAGCCUGGGUAAGAUCUUCAAACCCUGGAAAUGGAGGAAGAAGAAAAGCAGUGACAAGUUCAAGGAAACAUCAGAAGUGUUGGAGAGGAAGAUGUCGAUGAGGAAGCCCAGAGAGGAGCUGAUAGAGCGAGGGUUACUGAAGGACGUCCCAGAGAAUGAGAGUAAUGACGUGAAUCACAAAGCUCCGGUGAAGAACGGACACACUGCUCCAGUGCCUGGAGAGCGCAGGUCAGACACAGGGUCAGAGGUCAAGGCACCAAGGCCACAAGGAGAAGAGCAGAGGAACAGCCUCGCACCUGAACCGGAGCGCCGCAGCCGAGCUCCCUCCGACGUCAGUCGCAACCGUCAGCCGCUGGACGUGGACGCUCGAACACGCUUACCGCCAGAAACGGACCGCCGCAGCCGACUGGAGUCAGACGUGGAGAGACGAGCGGGAUCGUUACCCAGAGACAGACAAGGACAGGAGGAGGGACGGUACCGGCGGGAUGAGAGAGACGAGAAAGCAGGUAGGGAUAGAGAGCGAAGGGAUAGAAAAGACGACAGGGAAGGAAAAGGCGAACGCAGGAGGCCAGAAAAAGAAGACUGGCAUGGAAAAGUUGAGAGAGAAGAGCGGGAGAAAGAUAGGAAGAAUGACAGGGAUAAGCGGGAAGAGAACAGGGACAGGAAACAGCCGCGAGACCGGAAAGAGGAUCAAGAAAGACGGGAUGAGACGGAGAGAGUAGACGAGAGAAAGGAGCAGAAUGAGAGGAGGGAAGACAGGGAAAGAAGAGAGGAACGGGAAAGACGCGAGGAGAGAGACCGAAGAGAUGAAAAGGAAAGGAGAGAUGUCAGGAGGCCAGAACCCAUGAAACAGGUGUCUGAUGGGAAACUCUUCCGGCCUCAGUCGGAACAGGACAUGAAGCCCGUCCUUCAGAAGAGCUCGUCUGACAUCGGACAGAAGGUCCGGCCGUUUUCAGAGGCCAUCCAGAGCAGCACACUGCCACGAUACACCCCUGCGGAGGAGGAAACAAGGGCACAGACAGGGGCCGUGCGGUUUAUUCCUGAGCCCAAACCUGCACCGAGUGCCUCCACUAAAGACUCCCAGCCACACCCUAAACAGGCCAUUCUCCCUCCCAAAUGGCUGAUGGCUUCUUCCUCCUCCACCGAACUCCCGGUCCCGUCCUCCUCCUCUUCAUCAUCGUCGUCAUCUUCAUCCUCCUCCUCCUCCUCUGCUCCCCCCAUUGCUAAGCCUCCUCCCCGGACUGUGUCUUUAAAUGUAGACGACACCUCCCGAAGUAAUCCCAUUCCUCCCGUAACAGCAGGAGGCCGUGAAGCUCCGCCUACAGUGCCUGCCCACACGACUCCGCCCACUGUUCCCACCCACUCUACCCCUCCCACUCUUCCCGCUCACUCGACUCCUCCCACGGUCCCCUCCCACUCUACCCCUUCCACUCUCCCCGCUCACUCGACUCCUCCCACUGUCCCCGCCCACUCUACCCCGCCCAUCGUCUCCGCCCACUCCAACCCGCCUGCUGCUAAACAGCCGCCAGUGCCCCCUCCCAAACCCGCCCAUCACAACAGCAACACUGCACUUCAAGCUUCAACAUUACAAAGAUAUCCCAAAGCUCCGCCUCCUCAGUACUGGACGAGCUGGAGAUGGCAGGCAGAGUCUGGAGUCUAUCUCUCCCUGCCCACCUACCUCAGCCAAAGGGGCGCUCAGCUCCAACCAGUGGAUCCCUCCCAGGUCCCCGUCCCAGUCAAGCGAUCUCCUCCCAUUCCCCCAAAGAGGAUGACUCCUGUGACAAAGCGCCACUCAGACGACUCUUCGGCCAAUCACCCGGAGCCCCCGUCCCCAGGCCCCACCUCCCUUCCGGUCCCAGCCCCUGCUUCCGCCCGCCCUGCUCAAUCAGACGACAGCAAAACCUCAGAAGCGCUCUCUCCCCCGCCGUCCCACAUCCCUCCAUCCCCUCCCCGUGUCCCCCAGCCCCCGGAGGUCCCACACGUGGAGCCGCCCAGCCCCACCACAGAGCCGCCCUCGCAGCCGCCCUUACCUCUGCACAUACGCAUCCAGAGAGCCUUGAACAGUCCUGGCCCCGUGCAGCCCAACCCGGAAGGAUCCAAGCGAGCGCAUUCGCUUCUGUUCGAGUUACCACCGGACUUUCUGGCUGACGCCCCGGGAGGGGGACGAUAUUCUCUUCCGGUCACUAUCGAACCUCUGCGGCUGCCUGAGGAUGACGAUUUUGACAUUGAAGAAGAGCUGCGGAAGCUGCGCCCCGCUCCUCGACCCACACGCCAGCUGGAGCUGGAGCCACGCAGCCGUCGAGGUCUGGUGGGAGACCCACGGGUCACCGUCAUCCCCGAGGACACGGGACAUGGAGACAGCGAAGACGAGGAGAGCGAAGAGAGCGAUUCUGAUGGACCCAUCAACUACAGAGAUGACGAUGAAGACGAUGACGAUGAGGAGGACGUUCCAACAAGUGGUCUGGCGACCCGUGUGCAGCGUAAGGACACUCUGGCUCUAAAGCUGGAGCGUCAGCAGGAGAAAGAGCAGUCUCAGGACCCGGAGAGCAUCACCUGGAACAACAAGGAGCAGUGGGAAGCCAUCCGCAACAAGAUCGGCACCACCCUCACAAGGAGACUGAGUCAGAGACCCACCGCGCAAGAGCUUGAGCAGAGAAACAUCCUACAAGCCAAGAACGAAGCGGACCGACGGGCAGAAAGGAGCGAGAUCAAGCGCAGACUGACCAGAAAGUUGUCCCAGAGGCCCACGGUGGCUGAGCUGCAGGCCAGAAAGAUCCUGCGCUUUCAUGAGUAUGUGGAGUGCACUCACGCUCAAGACUACGACCGGCGAGCCGACAAACCCUGGACCAAACUAACACCUGCUGACAAGGCGGCCAUAAGAAAAGAGCUGAAUGAAUAUAAGAGCUCAGAAAUGGAAGUUCAUGAGGACAGCAGGAUAUACACCAGGUUUCAUCGGCCAUAAAGAGGAAGCCCCAGACAGAUAAAAGCUGCAGCUGAAAGCCUCCAUCUCACUCCAGCAUCCUGUUUCCCGUGAUCCUCCUGCCGCCGGGCCGGUCGCUCGGCGCUCUGGAGUCCAGAGGAGGAGGAGGAGGAGGAGGAAGUGAUGCGGUUGUGUGCGGGACGCUGGCGCUUGAUACUAGACGCACUUCUGGGGCACGGGGUUUGGAGGACCAGUGCUCCGUAGAGUUCCCAUGAUUCCCACAGCGUGGACCGGAGUGUUUUAAUCGUCUUUAUGGUACACGCGUUUCUGUGAUCAAGAAUAUGCUUGUUUACCCGCAAUAAUACUUUUAUGGAAAUUAUGACACUGGAGAUAAACUGUUUUAGUGUUGAGCGAUUGUGAGAGACUGAGCGAGAGUGUGUGUGUGUGUGUGUGUGUGUGUGUGUGUGUGUGUGAGAAAGAGAUACUGUCCACUUAUGCCUUAACACUGGUACAUGACUUUUUUUUUUUGUCUGACCUUCGAUACAGAAGAAAGUCUGUCGACACAGAUGCGUGUAACACUGUUUCUGGUGCUGAACACACACUGACUGAUGUGUGUGUGUGUGGACCUGAAAGCACAUUUUUGACAUUCUCAGGACGUCUGCACGUGGUCUCACUUUCCCUUCAUGUGCAUUUUACUGUAAUUUACCACACUUUAACUUUUUCACACAGAUAACACCUGCUUUUCAUCUUUUGUUUUUACAAACAUAGAACUUCACUUUAGAUAAUUCAAGGUGAAUCCCACAAAAACAUGCUACAUUUUACCUAAAAAUUAAAAAAAAAAAAAUCUGAAGAAUCUGCUUGAUUUUUAGCUUUGAGAUAUUUAAAGUCCCACCCCUAAAUUAUUCUUGUGUGUUUGAUGGUUUUUGUGCUUUUUCUCAUGUGCGUUGUUCUCAGUGUUAUUGUAAUAGAUCUUAUUUUAUUACAGUAAAAUACUAAUUUUUUUCUUAAACAAUAUAAAAGUUUUUUCACAUAUUACUAUUCUGAGAAUUCUGAGCUUUUUAUAUACAGUAUAUAUAUAUAUAUAUAUAUAUAUAUAUAUAUAUAUAUAUAUAUAUAUAUAUAUAUAUAUAUAUAUAUAUAUAAUAUAAAAACAGGAAUUAUUUUUCUUUUUUCCCCAUAAUGCCAAAAAGCUUCUUUUUGUGACCCGGACAUGUUGUUGACGGGGUUCAUCAGCUGUAAAUGACGAUAUAGACUGUACAUUGAACAAUUUAAAACUAAAUGGUUAAUGUUACAUCAUGGAGUCAUCGCGAAAAUCUUGGUACUUAAAUAUGAAAACCUUUUCCACGUCACUGCUGGUUUGUUUUUUCUGCCGCCAGACGGCCUGUGCACUGUACAGAGACAUGCUGUAGAUUGAUUGAUUGCGUUGUAUAUCUCGUCUUCCAGACAUCAGAAAUUAGUUUUAAUUGUAAUUAUAGUAUUACACUCUCCUGUUUUAUAAGGUGCGAACAGAAGGUGAAGUAAUACAAUGAUCCGGUACAAAACAGCUGUAUAGUUACUUUUUUAUGUAAAGAUAUAUUAAAAAGAUCUUUCAAAUAAUACAUGUUUAAUUAAAACCUGAACUGUGA